CCCGCAUCAACCUGCCCCGGUCGGUGGCGGGUAACGUUGAUUCGCCGUUAGUUCGCACAGGUGCGCGUCGACGCGUCCUGUUUUUUUUUUUUUUUUUUGUCAACCGACGAACCCUCCAGAUAGCGGACGAAACGCCCGGUGACUGUAACGUGUCCUCGGACCCCCUGAAAAGCCAACCAGGACCAACGUUACGUUACUUGCGGUAGGGACAACGGCAACAACAACAACAAGAACAAACCACAAACAGCCGAGCUACCGGGUAACGUGUUAACGGUGGUCCCCCGGCACGACAGGUGCUCCGCGGCUUCGGUAUUCGCCUCGCCCCCCCUCCCUGGUUCGUGAUACGGAUGCGCUUUCACUGCUCUGGAAUCGGUGUUUGGGCUCUGCGGGAAGGACGCACCGCGACCCCGGCAGCAACCUGAGAUCUACAGGGGAGGAAAGUUCUACAUCAGGACACCUGCAGGCCCCUUUUCUUCUCCCCCUUCCACACCGCGCGUCCUCUCCAUCCCUCUCCAACCAUCCUCUUUCGCGGUGUAAAUACUGACAUGGCCUCGGCCCCGUCGGAGCAGUCCAGCGUCCUCCAAGAUGAGCUCACCUGCCCGGUGUGCCUGGACUUGUACCGCGACCCCCACCUGCUUCCGUGCGGCCACAACUUCUGCAAAAUCUGCCUGGACCGCCUCAAGCGGCAAGCGGAUCGAGGUCGCUUCCGCUGCCCAGAGUGCCGCGACAGCCACCGGUGCGGCACCAACUUUCAGAAAAACUUCAAGCUUUCCAACAUCGCCGAUGACUACCGGCGCCGGCGCAGAGCGACCGCCGCAGCUUCGAAAUCCAAAGAGCCGGUGCCGUGUCCUCUGUCAGUGCCGCAAGCCCGACGUCCGUUCGCCGUGCCGUGUGACUACUGCCCCUCGGUCGCCGCCGAGGCGUCGGGCAUCAGUGUCGUGGCGGACGGGUCGUCUGCGGCCAGCGUUUCUCAGGAAGGAGGCGACGAGCGGGAAGCCGCUGCUGUGUCCGUGUUCGCCGUCAAGACCUGCCUGAAGUGUGAGGUGUCGAUGUGCCAAGAGCAUGUGAGACCACAUCUGGAGCUGCCGGCGUUCCGCGAGCAUCCGCUGACCGAACCGAGGAACGACCUCUGGAAGAUGAAGUGCCCAGACCACGAUGAGAUCUACAGAUAUUACUGUUUGGAUGACAGGGUGUGCGUGUGCAACGCUUGCAAUAUAGAAGGACAACAUUCAGGACACACAAUCAAGACUCUGAAAAACACAGUGAAAGAUAUAAAGGGCUCGCUGGAUAAGCAGCUGUACAGCAUAGAAAGGAAGUACAGCAUGGCAGAGAAGAAGCUCCAGGAGCAGAAGGAGAAGGAGAGGCAAAACAAGAAGUUCCUGGACGACUCUGAGCAGUGCUUGACCCGGCUGGGCGAGGAGAUGAAGGCCAAAGUACACCGCUUCGUCACCAGAUUGCGAGACUGCGCGCGCACUCAUUUUGACACAAACGGGCCGGCCAUUCAGAAGAACAUCUCCAGGAUCUGCCAGGACCAGGCCCGCCUCCAGGAGGUCCGCUGCGGCAUCGAAGGCCUCCUGCAGGAAAACGACUCUUUCCGCUUCAUUGAGGCAUACAAGACAACAGGAAAACGGUGCCGCAAGCAGCUGAGAAAAAACAUGUUCUACCCGGAGUACGUGGACAUGGAGACCGAGGUUCUGGGUGUGAUGAUGGAAGAAGAGAUGAGGAAGUUCCUCGAUGAAGAACUAGCAAGUCACAUUGUUUCUGCCAUCAAUUCCCUAUGUCCAUUAUCAUCGGGUCAUCUUUCAGAUAUCCAGGAGGAGGAGCAGGAGGAGAAUGAGGAAGAGGCUGCGGACGAUGACGACCUCGAUGACAGCAGCGUGGAGGAAAUGAGGAGCGAUGGGGAGGUGGAGGACGACGAGGACGACGACGACGAGGAGGAAGAGGAGGAGGAGGAGGAGGAAGGCCACAGUGAGCUAACCCUGUAUGAUGAAGAGGAAGAGGAGGAGGAAGACGAAGAAGACGACGAAGAUGAAGAGGAGGAAGAGCAAGAAGUUUAACUGAGUAUUUGUAUACUGCUAUUAAACCACUUUGGCCAGAUGCUUAGGGUUCAACAUCUGUUUUUCGGUGUUGCACUCAUCUAUUUGAAUGUUCAUGUACAGUUCAGGACUCGAGCAGCUGCCACAAUUUGCCUCAAAUCCCCCAACAACACACUGAGAAGACACACUGGAUGAUGACAGAGAUCCGUCAGCUGGAUUUAAAACUGCACUGCGAAGCUGCUGAACUUGAAUACGGUGCAAACCUCUGCAUGUCUUCGAUGCCUCAUUUUCUACCACUUUGCAGAUAGAAAAAAAAAUGGAAUUUGUCUCAGACAACUUUCCAUGUGCAUUUUGUAUAUAGUAGGUGCUAGGAAGAGAGCUUGGGAAGUAGUUUUCUAAGCAUUAGGUAAGGAAAUGUUUGAAUAACUUGACUUUUCCAUCACUAUAGAAAGCCUUUUGAGCUGCAGCCGUAAACAGGCGAACAUAUUGGGACUGUUUUGGAUUGUGGUUAUUGUUUCAUUCAUGCUACAGUUAAACAUGCAAGCCAAAGAGUAUGGAUGUGGGAGAGCGUAUGGAUACUUUAAAAUGUUUGGUUUGCUGGCAUGACAUUAGAAAAUGAAAUGCAAUGUUUUAAAAACAAUGUACAACAUGUUAACAGUCUACAACGGCUACAUGAUGGCUUUGCUUUUCCUAGUUGUGCUUUAAAAGCAGUUCAUACAUUGUUUAAAAAAAGUUCCUAUGCACAGUUCAUACAUUAUUCUUAAUAUCAGUUUCCGGCUGUGAGGAAUUUUGCACUUUACUACAAAAAUGCUAUGUAAAACCCGAAAUAUAUGAAUGUCAACGGUUAAUAUUUGAUUUUGAUACAAUUGAUUUUGUGAGGGGCCAAACUGAAAUAAUAUAAUAAAGCCUGUUGAAAUGUG